AUGGAUCCUUCGUGGGGGUCUCCACAAUUUUCGUUUUCGGGUUUCCAACAAUCUCCUAACGCCUUCUCCCAAAUGUCCCAACUUCAACAAAUGCAACAAUACCAAGCACUUCAACAAUUCAUGCAACGCGGCUCGGUUCAACUUGAUCAAUUCCAAUCGCAACCGCCAACUUCCCAACCGCAACCCUCGGUUCAACUUGACGAUGAUGAUGAAGUCGUCCCCGAAUCGCCACCUAAAGAACUCAAGCGCAAAAAAAGGGGAAGGCGGUUGAAACCGAACCCGACACCGCAAAAAAAAAAAAACGGUUCGAGAGCAAAGGCGAGAACGUGGACAAAAGUAGAGGAGGAGGCGCUAGCAAUUGCGUAUGUUAAGUCAUCAAAUUGCCCGAUUGUCGGGAACAAUCAAACGGGUUCUAGUUUUUGGAAGGCAUGUACGGAUAGAUUUAACGAGCUUAUGGGGCAAGGCCCGACCCGUGAUCUCGAUUCCGUAUCGGGCAAGUGGCGUAAAAUGAACAAGUGCGUGAAUGAUUUUAUCCGGAUUUAUAACCCACUUUAUAUCAAUCGUCCUAGUGGGAGUAGCGACGAGGACGUUCUUAACCUUGCGAUGGCUAGAUGGGAAACAAAAAAUCCGCCUUUCCCGCACCUCCGAGCAUGGAACAUUUUAAAGAAAAAAUCCGCCUUUCCCGCCUUUCCCGCACCUCCGAGUCCGGAAGUUAUCGUGCGGGAGGCUCCACCGCUCGUUGUCAAAUCGACAUAA